AGGAACCUGAUUUCCAGAAGCAGCUGGGUAGGCACCAUGGCCGGGAACUCCACCAUCGAGGCGGUAAAGCGCAAGAUCCAGGUUCUGCAGCAGCAGGCUGAUGAUGCGGAGGAGAGGGCCGAGCGCCUCCAGCGGGAAGUGGAGGGAGAAAGGCGGGCCCGGGAGCAGGCUGAAGCUGAGGUGGCCUCGUUGAACCGCAGGAUCCAGCUAGUUGAAGAGGAGCUGGACCGUGCCCAGGAGCGCCUUGCCACUGCUUUGCAGAAGCUAGAGGAAGCGGAAAAGGCUGCUGAUGAGAGUGAGAGAGGUAUGAAGGUGAUUGAAAAUCGGGCUCUAAAAGAUGAAGAAAAGAUGGAACUCCAGGAAAUCCAGCUAAAGGAAGCAAAGCACAUUGCAGAAGAGGCAGAUAGGAAGUAUGAAGAGGUGGCUCGUAAGUUGGUGAUUAUCGAAGGAGACUUGGAACGUACGGAGGAACGCGCCGAGCUUGCAGAGUCCCGUUGCCGAGAGAUGGAUGAGCAGAUCAGACUGAUGGACCAGAACCUGAAGUGUCUGAGUGCUGCUGAAGAAAAGUACUCUCAAAAAGAAGACAAGUAUGAAGAAGAAAUAAAGAUUCUUACUGAUAAACUCAAGGAGGCAGAGACCCGUGCUGAGUUUGCUGAAAGAUCGGUAGCCAAGCUGGAAAAGACCAUUGAUGACUUGGAAGAUAAGCUGAAGUGCACCAAAGAGGAGCAUCUCUGUACACAAAGGAUGCUGGACCAGACCCUGCUGGACCUGAAUGAGAUGUAGACCUCCCCCAUCCCUGCCCUGCGGCCUCUCCUCCCUCUGACCUUGACUCCGUCUGUG